AUGUGCACAAGAGGGGUGCAUUCCGUUAUUGCAUUGAUGAAUUGUCGCGGUACCUUAGUAGUCUUGGGCACAAGUACGAUGGCGCAAUUGCUCUGGGCUCCCCCCGAGUUUUUCCCGCCCGCAAUGUCUCUUCAUAGAACUCACCCACCACCUUACCCCGCGCCUCCUCCUCUCUCGAGCACCGUUAACAAAACUCUAGUCAUUGGCAUCGGCUCUGUUGAAAUCCCCGUCAAACUCGGGCUGCUGGGACCGUUCCCAUUUGAUCGCGAUGAGGCAUGA